AUGGAAUGCGCCACCAGCCUCAUCCUCUCGCUGCUCUCCACUCUCCUCUUCCUCUCUCAUGCCGGCCGCCUCGCCCUUCCCCUCUCCGCCGCCGGGGACCUCGACCAGCCGGAGGGCGGCCUUCGCACGGCCACCGUCCCCCGCUUCGAAGUUGAUGCCCCCCUCUCUGCAGAUGGCUCCCGCCGCCGCUACCGUCACCGCGGCGCCGCUGUUCCCUACGGAGACGGCGUGAUCGCUUCGGUCCACGCGAAGGACGGGGAAGCAGGCGGUGAGGCGAAGACAGGCAGGGAGAAGGCUGCCGACGGGUGGCAGAGAACAGAGGCGGUUGACCAUAGUGGGGGCGAAGAGUACAAGAAGAAAGAUGACGACUUGAAUUCAGGUUCAGACGAGGUAAAGGAGGCAGGAGAAGAGGAGCUGCAGCUUCAGACUAAGAAUAAGAACAAGGAUAAAGAGAAGAAUAAGGAGAAGAACAAGGAUAAAGACAAGGAGAAGGAGAAGAACAAGAACAAAGACAAGGAGAAGGAGAAGAACAAGGAUAAAGAGAAGAAUAAGGAGAAGAACAAGGAUAAAGACAAGGAGAAGGAGAAGAACAAGAACAAAGAUAAGGAGAAGAACAAGGAUAAAGAGAAGAACAAGGAGAAAGACAAAGAUAAGGAGAAGAACAAGGAGAAAGAUAAGGAGAAGGAGAAGAACAAGGAGAAAGAUAAGGAGAAGAACAAGAACAAAGAUAAGGAGAAGAACAAGGAUAAGGAGAAGAACAAGGAGAAAGACAAAGAUAAGGAGAAGAACAAGAACAAAGAUAAGGAGAAGAACAAGGAGAAAGAUAAGGAAAAGGAGAAGAACAAGAACAAAGAUAAGGAGAAGAACAAGGAGAAGGAGAAGAACAAGGACAAAGAGAAGAGCAAGCACAAGCAGGAGAACGAGGGCGAGGGAUGGAUGAAGUGGUAUCGGGAGCUGAAGAAUCGCUUGGAGCUGUAG